AUGCCACAGUUAUCAGGCGGAGGAGACCCGGAGCUGUGCGCCACAGACGAAAUGAUCCCGUUCAAAGACGAAGGAGACCCGCACAAGGAGCAGAUCUUCGCCGAGCUCAGCCACUCGGAGGAGGAGGGAGACCUGGCAGACAUCAAGUCAUCUCUGGUGAACGAGUCAGAGAGCAGCCCAAACAGCAACAGCCACGAUGCAGCUAGACAGUCCCAAAUACCGCAAGAUUCAUAUCACGAAAAACACAGAGACCAUCCAGAUGAUGGAAAACAUCAAGACAUGUACGGAAAAGGCCAUCCGUACUCGGGUUACCCAGGCUACAUCAUGAUGAGCAACAUGAACGACUCUUACAUGAACAAUGGCUCCCUCUCUCCGCCCAUGCCCAUGCCCAGAACGUCCAACAAAGUCCCCGUGGUUCAGCCGUCCCAUGCAGUCCAUCCUCUUACCCCGCUGAUCACGUACAGCGACGAGCACUUCGCCCCAGGGUCCCAUUCUGGUCAUCACCCUCAGGAUGCCAACAACAAACAAGGAAUGCAGAGGCAUCACCCUGGACAAGACAUGCCAAACUUCUACUCCCUGUCUCCCGGAGGAGUAGGCCAGAUCACACCACCUCUGGGAUGGUUCUCACACCACAUGGUUCCUGGCCCCCCAGGUCCCCACGCCACAGGGAUCCCCCACCCGGCCAUCGUCAACCCGCAGGUCAAACACGAGCCUCUGCAUGAAACAGACAUCAUGCACAUGAAACCCCAGCACGAACAGAGAAAGGAGCAGGAGCCCAAAAGACCGCACAUCAAGAAGCCGCUAAACGCCUUCAUGCUCUAUAUGAAAGAGAUGCGUGCCAAUGUGGUCGCCGAGUGCACGCUGAAGGAGAGCGCCGCCAUCAAUCAGAUCCUGGGACGAAGGUGGCAUGCUUUAUCUCGGGAAGAGCAAGCUAAGUAUUAUGAGUUAGCCCGCAAGGAACGGCAGCUCCACAUGCAGCUCUACCCAGGCUGGUCUGCUCGAGACAACUAUGGAAAGAAGAAGAAGCGGAAGAGGGAGAAGAUGCAGGAAUCAGCCCCGGGUACAGGCCAGAGAAUGAAAACGGCGUACAUCUGAGAAAAUGGAGGAAAACGUAGCAACUUCUCCACAUGCAAAGCAAAGGCAGCAGCUACGGGCCCUCUGCUCGAGAUGGAGGCCUGUUAAGAUUCCACGAAGACCCUGAAUAUCUCCAAACUCAAGCCUCCAGAUCUCAGAGGACCCCCCAUCCCAACCCCAACUUAACCCUAUUCCCAUCACAGUCACAGUCACAACCACCACCACCACCAAAAACUCUUCACUGUUUGACCCCACCCCCACCCCCCUCCUGCUGUAAAGACACUGAACUGAAGACAAUCAUGAUUAGUAGGAGCACCCUCACAAAACCACGUCCUCACCCAGAAUCCACAAAACCGCAAUUAAAUGUCUGAAUCUUGUCCUUUUCACAAUCAGCUUUACCACAAUCCGAGGCACUGCACUGAAAAACAGCAGCAAUUUGUAAAGUGCGCACAAACUGCACCAUCCAAACACCUCUUUCUACGUUUAUUGUAAUUUAUUUGUCACCUCGGUUCGUUUGUACAGUUCAUAAGGUCGACAUUCACUUCCUCAACACCUUUUCCCCCUUCCCCUUCUCUCUCUCUCUUCCUGGAUUUUUGAGACCAUUUGGGGUUUCCCACCCGACCGACCAAACACCUCUUUUUAGACUGCACUAAAGGAAGACGGAGGGAUCUCAUCUUGUCUAAAAAAAAAUAAAUAAAUAAAAAAAAAACGUCCUCAAGGCGCCAUUUUGAGUUUGUUGCUGACCAGUCGGUGCAAAAAGGAUCAAUGUUUUAAUUUGCGUUUGGUUUUAGACUGACUUAUUUUGAAUGCUUUUUUGUAUCUUGAACCCUUGUUUCAAUUUCUCGGUGUAUAUUUUAGUGAUUUUUUUUAUUUUAAAUAUUGUUUUUUUUUUAUAUAGUGGUUAUAUAUGAAAAUAAGCUUUGGACACAGGAAAGCCAUUUUUCUUGUUGAAGCGUCUUGCAGAAAAUUGAAACUUAAGGCUUCUUUUGAUAACUAUUUGUAACAAAUAGUGACCUCGAGUCUUGCUCAGAUGUAAAAUAAUGCUCAGUAUGUGUACUUUUUAAAAACUGUCAGGAUAUGUCAAUUUUCUUGGUAUUUUUGCAGGCAAAAUUAGGACAAAGGCGAGAGUGCUAGCUCAGAGGCCUAUAUUUUAUUGUUCUAAAACAUGACAAAUGAAGCAGAUAUAUAUAUUUACCCCAGCACUUGGCAGUCUUUCUUUUAUUGCAAUGGACCUUUUUUUUUUUGUCUUUUCUCUCUCGUAGCUGAUAGUGUGGUCUUUAGCCAUGUUGUUUAUUCCAUGCAAGCAUCUCUGUAACAUUUUGAUUUUAAUGCUCUAUUUUAGUAUUACUUGAUGAAUUCCUUUUUUUUUUUUUUAUUAUCAUAUUUCGGGUCACUGUCAUCUUGGUUUAGCAUUUUGCUUCCCAAGUGGUCAUAUUUGAACUGUUUCAACAUGUUUUUGUUUUGUUUUGUAAGAAAAAUAAAAAGGCACCAUUGGCGCAUUUGA